AAUAAACUGUUUAAUGCCAACACCAUCCACAUUUCAAUUUCCGUUUUCCAAAUGGAAAACCCAUGGCAGUAGUAGACGAGGGGAGUUCUCAGAAUACCCUAAGAUAUUAGGAAGAAAUUCUCCACGGUGAGGGCGAUCCCUGUCAGCCAUGGAGGACAGGUAUCCCCUCACGGAAGAUGUGGGAUGCUACCCAGGCAAACGGACAGCCAUGGAGAAAGGUGUCGAGCAAUGGAGGGAAUGAGGCGUGCUGGACUUGAUGCACAAUAGUGACAAAAAGAGGGCAGAUCGACACUGGCUGCUGGGAGGAAAUUCUUUCAAAGGUUGCCCAGAGAAGCUGUGGAGUUGCCUGGAACUGCCUGGAAGCCUCCUGCCUGGAAGCCAAGGGCCCACGCCCACAGCCGCCAUCAGGCGGUGAGCGUGAUGUCACAGUGGGUGUCAGGGAGCGGCCAUUGUGACGCGCGAAGCCUGGAGCAGAGCAAAGGCUGCCGGGCUCAGCCUGAGCGUCAGUGCGGCCUGGCGAGGCGUGGAGAGAGCAGGGACUCUCGCAGUGCUCGCUGUUAACGCACAUCAUGUCCGACAGGAAGCGGAAGGCCUCCAGCCCGGAGGAGCCAGUGUGCGUGCUGUGUGGCCGGGCAGGUGGUGACCCGGACAUCUUUGGGCGCACUAUUGGCGACGGUUCCGUUUGUACCCAUGAGUUCUGCUUGAUUUUUGCCCAUAUCGCUUUCGAAGAAAGACCCCCAGGAGAGGAAUCUAUGGCCUUUGACCAUGCUGUCCUCGCACACAGAGUCAAGCAGGCAAACCAGAAGCAAUGCUGUGUUUGCGGCGAGAGGGGGGCUGCCAUCACAUGCGCAGAGAGCGGCUGUGAACGCAGCUUCCAUCUGCCCUGCGCUGCGGAUGGCGAGUGCAUCACCCAGUACUUCGGAGAGCACAGGUCCUUCUGCUGGGAGCACCGCCCUCGACAGGCAGCAGUGGCAGCUCCAGCUGAAGACACCUCCUGCGUCAUCUGCCAGGAGACCGUGGGGGACUGCCCGUCCUACCACACCCUGGUGUGCCCAGCGUGCACACACACCUGGUUCCACCGGGCCUGCAUCCAGCAACAUGCCUUGAAUGCUGGCACGGUGUGCUUCCGCUGCCCCGCUUGCAGAGACAGUACCGUCUUCUGCACGGAAAUGUCCACCAUGGGGAUCCAAAUCCCAGCCAGAAGACCGCUAUGGGAAGACAAUCGCAUGUAUACAUCACUGCUGGAGAGGCACAGGCGCUGCGACGCCAGGAAGUGCCUUUACCCCCGAGGCAGACGGCAGGCAGAUCUAAGGGGGCCCUGGCAGCUGAUCCUGUGCAGCUCCUGUGCUGCUGUGGGCACCCACCGACGGUGCUCCUGCUUGAGCAACACAACCACCACCUGGGAGUGCGACAGCUGUGCUGGCCUGGGUACCGCCUCCAGCACCAUCGCCCAGCUCGCUGCACUCAGUGCUGCCAGCCAGCAGGGCCUGGGGACAUCCCACAGCCGCCAGGAGCCUGAGGACAGCUGCUCCGGUCCCACCAUCCAGCCAGCGUCGGGACCAUCACACAGUUCCCAGCUGCCGGAGCUCAGCUGCCAGACAAGUGUGCUGGGCACAGAACACGGGACAACCUGCUCAGCUUUUCCUGACCCUCAGGACGCACCUGAGCAGUGCCAAGCACGCUGUGGGAGCAGACAUACACCCACCCCCGGCACUGGAAGCAGCUCCCGCCCAUCCACCACACAGGGCACAUUGGGAUCCUCCAGAGCAGCCACAGCGCCUGCGCGCAGGAGGCGUCCCAGGCAGCGGGGAACAAGCCGGACACGGAGCCGCUCCCCGCUGCAAGGUCCGGCUCCUCGUUCCCACAGCCGGACCAGAAGACCUCAAGGCUGCAGGAGAACAGCAGCUCCAGCUCCUCAGAACAGCACCCACAGCACCAGCAGAGCAGCCACACAGAGGACCUUGAGGGCUUCCCUGCCUUCACACACUGGGGAACGGCCCAGGCAGCCAGGGGAGGCCCGCAUGCAGAGACGUUCCUCAGUGGCACAUCGAGCCCCUCAUGUCAGCAGCCAGCCCUGAGGAGGCUGCAGGACACGGUUCCAACAGUGGCGGCUAUCCUGGGCACAAAAUCACUCCUGGGUCCAACAUCCAAGCCAACAUCCCCCCGCAGUCAGCCCCCCAAAAUAUGGCACGGAAACAGCCCUAUGCCAGCUCCAUGUGCUGACUCUAAUCCCUAUAUCCAACACAAUAAACCCAACCAUCCCACACACACUUCUCUGACUGACGCUUCUUCUCUGCUUGUCCUGACAUGGGCAGACGUGGGCGCUGGGACAUAGAUUGGUGGAGCCACACUCCGCCGUCCUUGCAGGAAAGGCACCAGGAGACACUCUACAAGUAGCAGUGGGUCAUCUACCCUCUAGCAGUCAGACGUGAGGGGGGAACUCAGGGAUUGCGAGGGAUGGAAACGACUGCCUGCUCAGGGCAGCAAGCAGACUGCCUCGCUGCCUGUGCCACCUGCCCAGGUGCCCGUUGUUCUCUUGGGGAGACCUCACUGUGGCCUUCCAGUACUUGAAGGGAGCAUAUCAACAGGAGGGGUAAGACUGUUUGCAAGGAUGGAGAGUGAUAGGACAAGGGGGAACGGUUUUAAACCGAGACAGGGGAGGUUUAGGUUAGAUAUUUGGUGGAAGCUUUUCACACACACGGUGGUGGCACACUGGAACAGGCUGCCCAAGAAGGUUGUGGAUGCCCCACUUCUAGAUGCAUUCAAGGCCAGGCGGGAUGUGGCUCUGGGCAGCCUGGUCUGCUGCCUGGCGACCACCUACACAGCAGGGGGACUGAAACUCGAUGAGCAUUAUGG